GCUCGAGCCAUUUUGGCUAUCGGGCGCAAAGGCUCAAAGGUGCCCCCCCUGCGCCGACGGAGCGCCCGCCGCGCUCCGCCCCAAAUGCUGCGCCGCCGCGGGGGCUAGCCGCCGGGGCUCGCACGCCCGGGCCCCCCGCCCCUGCUGGGGGAUGGCCCUGCGGCGGCGCCCGAACAACAAGGUGAAAGAGUUGACCGAGGACCAGUUGACCGACAUAAAGGAGGCCUUCGAGCUCUUCGACACCGACGGCUCUGGGUCCAUAGACGCCAAGGAGUUGGGGGUGGCAAUGAAGCAGUUGGGUUUCGACGCCUCCGAGGAGGAGAUCAACCGCAUGAUCGCCGACGUGGACGCCGACGACAGCGGCGAGAUCGACCUGGAUGAGUUCAUGAGCAUGAUGACCAAGAAGAUGCUCGGAAGGGAUAACAGGGAGCAGAUGAUGGCCCUCUUUCGGUUUUUCGACCGCGAGGGCACCGGAAGGAUCACUCGAAGAACAACAAUUCCAUGAACGUGAAUUUUCGGAGCUCCGGCCAGAGAUCUUGGAUCGGCGCCCGAACGCCAGCAACCAUUGGCGCGCUCCGCGCGCCAGGGGGCGGGGACCAGCGCAGCUCCAAGAAGUCCGCGCUGACCUCCGAAAGCGUACGUUUAUGCCG